AUGGACUACCCCAGCCCCCAUGAAGACCAAGAGAAUGGUAUCCCUGAAAGCCUAUCUGGUGAGAUCCCAAUAUAUGUCGAUAAUCUAAGCGACGUAACAACAGCAUUCCAAGAAGAUCAGUGGUCAACAAGAUCACUUAGCCAACGACAAUGGGAUAAUUUGGCCCAAUUCAUCGAGUGGCUAGAAGCGACAGAGUCAAAUACUAUAUGGAAACUUGCCUCGAUCUUUGAAGAUCGCCUGAGACGUGAUGUGUAUUAUCCAAACCCUGGACCGCUUAUCGCAGAUGGCCAAUACAAUAACAUAAGCCGCCAAUUUUUGCAAAAUACACUAGACAGCAACAGUAUAUUACUCGAACACGAAUGUUUCUCUAACACGGAACUUAAGAAAUCAAUACAGAAUUUAUUAUAUCGUCUUCAUGUGGUUAACGAAUCACUGAAAACAAUGGCAAGACUGCUUGAUGGACAAGACCGGACAUGGACGCAUGACACCCACUCUGUGAGGUCUAUGCUCAUCCUUCUUCGUGUUCUAGUCCCAUUCCUUUUGGAGAACUUUGCUGGGAUGUGGUUUGACUGGGAUCUUGAUUAG